UACAUUUUUUACAAUACGCAAUAUUCAAAUCGGAUUUUAAACAUAUUAUCGGAACAAAAUACAGCAACCGAGAUGCAAUUACACUUUUACGUACUGCGCUUACUGGAAAACCGUUAGAAAUGAUUAAAGGCAUCGGAUCAGAUUACACUGCUGCCUGGGACUAUUUGGACUCUGUGUAUGGGGACCCUCGAUUUGUGAGUGACACAAUAACCCAAGAUAUUGUGCGAUUCAAACCGUUGAAGAGUGAAGAAGAUCAUCGUUUCUGCGAGUUGGUGCAUUUGGUGCAAAGAAGUUUCAAUACCUUGAAAGAAGUUGACCGUCCACAUGAUAUGGACAAUAAUCACAUGCUAGCGAUUAUUGAGCAGAGAAUGUGUGGUGAAGACCGAAAGACAUGGGUACGCCAUCUCGAGAAAGAGAAAAUCCAACCAAAGUUAUCAGAUUUAAUCGAUUGGAUGAAUGGAGAAAUGAAGUCCAGAAUGCGAGCAGCUGCACCCGUAAGAGCACCGGACAAGUUUCGGGUCAAUCAAGUUUCUGGAGGUACCAAAGCAAAGUGUUGGAUAUGCCCAAGCUCUGACCAUUGGGUAGAUCAAUGUAAGAAGUUCAUCUCAAUGUCUCCGAAUGAGCGUUUGAAGCUAGUCAAGGAGAACCAUGCAUGUUACAGUUGCCUCAAGAAAGCUGGAAGAGAUCAUCGUGCAGCCAACUGUAGUCGAAAGCGUCCAUGUUCUGAAAUGGUCAACAACGCAUCAUGCAACAAAAACCACCAUCCCUUCUUACAGACUUACAUGCAGCUACAAACCUUAUCG